AUGGUAUCACCAUCAAUAAUAACGAUAAAACCAAAAACGGUUAUUAGGAUAGAAAGAGAUUACUCAAAAGGAGAAUUAUGUCAAUUCAAAAAUGAUUUUCCAAAAGAGAUUAACGAGAGAGUGAGUCCGAUGAGAUUCAAAGAAACAAUUGAUAAAUUAAAUGAAUUAUUGAAAGAAGCAGAUAAUCCAAAAUACAGUUGGUUUGAAAAUUGCCUUGCAUGCAUAACAUUAUAUUCUUCAAUACUAUGUAUAAGAUCACAUUACGACAAGAUGGUUGAAGAAAUUUGUUUCUUUCUAAAUGAUGAAAAUUUAAAUUGUUAUAAUGAAUUAGGCGUUAAUUUUAGAGAUCCACGUAAAACUUCCUAA